AUGGCUCCAGUACCCAGCUGCCGCCUCCACCUGGACGGGCUGGCUCCCCCACGCGCCUCUACGGCCGCCUCCCCAUGCUGCGGGUCCCCGCCGCAUCCGGCCCUCAUAGCGCGCUUCGGCGACGCCUCGCUCUUCCGAGAGCCAGCUCCCGCGCUGGCCGGCCUCGCUUGCCUCGAGGCCGCCUCGCCGCUGGCCGGCCUCGCUGCCCCAUGGGCCGGUUCCGCCUGUUCCCCGCGGGUCGGCCCCUCCAGGCCUCCUCCUCCACCUCGCGCCGCAGCGCCAGCUCCCGGCCGCUGCUCCGCCCCUUGCCGGCUUCAGCUCCCGCGCCCCGCCAGCUCCGCCCGCCGGGAUGCCGCCACGCGCCGACUGCUCCGCCUCUCGCCGCGCCCACGCCGGUUUCAGACACUGGCCGGAGACAAGAAGUACACUACCCGCCCCUGCGUGCGCGCUCUCCCUCCCGAGCCCCGCAGCGCGCCGUGCCUUUGCUCCCCUCGUGUGCCUCCCCGCCCGCGUCGGCUGCCGCUGCGGUGGCCGGCUUCCGCUCCCGCCGCGGCCGCAUCCCGCUCGUCCGGCUCUCCGCCACCGCCGGGUCCGCACCCGCAGCUCCCACGCCGGCUGGUCGGCUGGCCGGCUCCGGCCGCCUGCAGGCCCGGACGCCUCUACCGCGCGCCUCGCGCCUCCGCCUCCGGCCAGGCACUGCUCGGGGUUGGCUCCCGUUCCGCACGCCUCGCUCCGCACCUGAGCGCCCGAGUGCGCCGGCUCUGCACCGCUCCGGCCACCUCUCCUCCAACGCACCACGGCGCCGGCCCCGUCGCCCUCCGCCUGCUCUGUCCCGGGGCCGCGCAUCCCGCCGCCUCGCUCCUCGACGGCUCCGACGAGCUGGCCGGCUUUGCCGAGCUCGCGCCCAGCUCUCCCCUUCGCGCCCCCGCGCCUCUCAGGCGCUGCGCCGCGCCUCCGUCCGGCCGCCCCGCGCGCGUCCACGACCCGGACCGUGCUCGUGGCCGGCUCCCCGCCCGGGCCGGCUGCUGGCUCCGACCGGUCGCCUACCGCCCGCGCCGGCUCCGGCUCCGACCCGGCCGGCUCCCGAGCACCGCCACUCCCGUGCUGGCCACUGCUCCGCCCCUGCCGGGCCGCCUCGCCCGCCCGCCGGCUCCGGCGGGCCGGCUUCGCCUUGCCACGGCCGCCUUGCCCCGCUAG